AUGUCCAUCGAAAAUCUCAAGACCUACGAUCCCUUCGCCGAGGCCGACGAAGACACGGGCGAAACCAAACAGACUCAGAAUUACAUCCAUAUACGUAUUCAACAGCGCAAUGGACGUAAGACCUUGACCACGGUCCAGGGCCUCCCCAAGAAGUUCGACCAGAAAAAGAUCCUCAAAGUCAUCAAGAAGAAGUUCGCUUGCAAUGGCACUAUUGUGACCGACUCUGAGAUGGGUGAGGUCAUCCAGCUUCAGGGAGAUCAGCGAAAGGACGUUCAAGAGUUCCUCGAGAACAAGAAGGAGGGCUUGGGCCUUGAUGGCAAGACCAUCAAGAUCCACGGUUUCUAA